UUUUAUCUCCGGUGAAGAAGAAAGAUGGCGUCGUCACCGUCUCUGAGUAACAAUGGUCUUUCCUCCGUCGUCACGCCUCCUAAGACUCUCCGUGGUCUCAAUAAGCCUAAGUGUAUUCAAUGCGGCAACGUCGCUCGCUCCAGGUGUCCAUUUCAAUCUUGUAAGGGUUGUUGUUCAAGAGCAGAGAACCCUUGCCCGAUUCACGUUCUUAAAGUAGCUUCAACUUCUGGUGAGAAGACGCAGGCACCAAGUACUCCAUCAUCAGAGCAGAAAGCAUCCGAGGGCACUCCCGGGAGUACAACUAGAGUUUCGUCCAUCCGCCAACUUUCUAGCAACUUUGCUCAGUUUAAUAACCUGAAUGCUUCUUCCCGCCAGAGAAAACCUUUGACGAUAAAGGAUGCACAAGCUUUAAACGAGUGGCGGUUUACAAAGCUAAAAGAGUACAGAGACAGAAACAUUGAAGUAGAAAAUGAAGCUUUUGAUCGGUACAUGAGUAAUGUGAAUUUACUCGAAGAAGCAAUUUCAUUUACAUCUGUUCCUGAUGAAGAGGUUCAUGGAGCAGCAGCUUCUGAGCUAAACAACGAGGAAAGUAUUGUUUCAGAGCUUAAACUGAGGCUGAGAUCGAACUCCGCAAGAACAGAGAGCUUCAAGAAGAGGAUCGCGGAGACUGUCAAAGCCGGUUUGGUGAAGCUUAAGAGACCGGAUUUAGGCAGUUCUUCAGAUGAUCAAGAUGAAAUCAAAAGGCGGAUCAAAAGAAAGAAAUGGGAGGAAAAAGGUUCAGCUUUGAAUGAAAUAAUCGAUAAACUGAACAAAGCAAGAACCGAAGAGGAUCUCAAAUCUUGCUUAGAGAUGAAAGCAAAGCUCUGUGGUCAAGUUUCUUCCACUGCUACUUCCGAGGAGAACAAGGUUUUUCCUGCUACUGUCCGAGAAGUUGAGAUGAGCGAAGAUGCACUUCAAAGAAUCGCUGAGAGUCUCCAAUCUUUUGACAGAGUGGAAAUGUUGUGAAGUCGAGAACAUCCGUUGAUGAAUUGAAAGUUUGUGUGAAGAGAAAAACUCAAGAUCUUUUGUGAUCAAGGUAUUGUACAAUGAUCAAACAUCCCUCAAAUCUGAUCUUGAAGACUCAAGACUCGAGAUAUUCUUGCAAAGUAGUGUUGAGCAUCAUUUAGAUGUUAGAACUCAGCAAUGGAUAAAGAUGUUGACUCUAU